AUGGACGCCACGGGACCGCCGCGCGCGCUCCGGCCGCGUCUACCGCCGCUGCUGCUGCCGGCGCUGCUGGCGCUUGCGCUCGCGUCGGGGGCCGCCGCCGCCUUCCAGAUCGACUUGGCGGCGCUCGACCUGCCGCUGCCGCACCGCCUCAACGUGUCGGCAGCCAGCGUGACGCAGACGCGGACGGGCUGUUACGCGCGGCUGGAGACUCCAGAAGGCUUCCUGGACUCGCCCAACUACCCGGCAGACUACCCUCCGGGCCUCGAUUGUUGCUACGACAUCGCCAGGCCCUCCACCUCCUACUGCGGGGUCAAGCUGUAUGCGGAGCAGCUGGUGGUGGGCAAGCAGCCUUCGGAUGGCGCCUUCUGCCAGACCGACUGGCUGGCCAUGGAGUCCUGCGUGCCCGAGGGCGGCUCGCGCUACUGCGGGAACCUCACUGGCUCCACCUACCAGUUCCUGUUCCAGCCGGGGUCUCGCGCGCUGCGCUUCCAGUUCCACAGCAGCGGCGGCUCGCGGCGGCCGCGGCCCGUGGCAGGGGCGGUGCUGCGCUUCCGGCUGCGCUACCGCCUGCUGCGCAGCUGCCGAGGGCUCUUCCAGGAGCCGGCGGUGGGCGCGCUGCCGGGGCCCGGCCCCAACCGGCCGUGCUACGCCAGAGUGAGGAACCGCCGCGGCGCCAUCCACACGCCCGGCUACCCGCAGCCCUACCCGCCGGGGCAGGACUGCGUCUACGAGUUCGUCAGACCUAACCCUUUUAUAUGUGGUGUGAGAAUGAGAUCAACGUCUUUUGAGUUGGAACCAUCUGUGUCAACACCAUUUGGAGGUGCGUGUUCAGACUUCUUGCAGACUCCAGGAUGCGGCUUCCUCUGUGGAUCACUCAACUUUACAUGGUUAGCUGUGUAUCAGCCAGGUGCAACAAGCCAAAGGUUCCAUUUUCAUUCUGAUGAUGAGAACAACUUCAAUGGAUUCUUCAUCACCUUUGAACAGGUAUACCACUGUCCAGACAGCUGAUACAGGACAAAUUCACC